CGGACGCGUUUUGAGGCACAGCACGGCAGUCGGCGGCAGCAUCGACCUCGUCUCAGUCGAGCUGAGUAGUUCUCGCAGCGGCGGGUGGUCGAGGCGCAAGACGAGUGUGAAGCUACAAAAGAGCGGACGACUGCACGGUGAACGAGUGCCAUCGUAAAUUUCCAAUUUAUCACUUACAGUGAACAUUCAUAUCUAACAUCUGAGGGUCAGUGUGCGUGUGUUGCUGCAGAUGCAUUAAUCCGAAAUCCUCAAGAUUCCGCGUCCCGAUGCUCACUCCGUUGCGCGUGACGACUGGCGUGGGCGGCGUGCGCGGCACGGUGGCGCUGCUGGUCGCCAUCCUGGUGGUGCCCCUCGAGGCCCCGGCGGCGACGCCCUGGCCGUCGGCGCUCGGUGUGGUGUCCGGGUUGCUGCGGGAUGUGGGUUCCAAAGUGUCCGCCGCCGUCACCACGCCGGUCAACGAGGUGUCCGCCGCCGUCACUACGCCAAUCACCGAGGCGUCCAGCGCCAUCGCUGGCACCACCGCCGUCGUCGUCCUGGAGCAGCUGCUAAGAUGGCUGCCUGCUGCCGAUGACAACGUCACGGCGAGCGAUCUGAUGGUCGACCUCGGGUACCCCAUGCAGACGCACUUCGUGACCACGCAGGACGGGUACCGGCUGCGCCUGGAGCGCGCGCCCAACCCCGGACGGCAGCCCGUCUUGCUGGCGCCAGGCUUGCAGCUCACCCCGGCUUGCUUCGUCCUACUCGGUCGCGGCAAGGCCCUGGCGCCUUUGCUUUACGACGCGGGCUUCGACGUAUGGAUGAUCAACUACCGUGGCACGAUCAAUUCGCGGGAGCACAUCAAGUUGUCAACCAAAAACGAGGAGUACUGGGACUUCAGCUGGCACGAGCAGGGCGUGUUCGACAACGCGGCCGCCAUCGACUACGUGCUGGCGCAGACCAGCUUUCCCUCCGUCAUGUACGCGGGGCACUCCAUGGGCGCCACGACGUUCAUGGCCAUGGCGGCGGCGCGGCCCGAGUACCAGCGCAAGCUCAGCCCGGUGGUGGAGCUGCUGUACGUCCUCAACAACGGCACGCAGCCCCUCGUGGAGGGCCUGGGCCUGCGCCGCACCAUCCGGCCGCUCUACAUGAUCGUCAAGCUCCUCAUCAAGGUGCUGCUGCCGGUGGCGCGCCCCUUGGUCUACGACGUGUUCUACGCCAUCGUGGGCUUCAAGAAGAACGAAACCUAUUUCGAACUCCCGAAUUUCUUGAACUCGAUCCCGACUGGUGGCUCCUGGGGCCAGAUCUUCCACUAUGUUCAAAAUGUGAACCCCAACACUCAAGGCAUCCGGCAGUACGACUACGGUGCCGCAAGGAAUCAGGAUGUGUACGGGGCGCCCGAGCCGCCGCUGUACAACUUGUCUGCCAUCCAGACGCCUACUCACCUCUACCUCGGACACAACGACAUUUUGUGCAGACCCCAGGCUCUUACAGUAUUUUCCGUAGGACUAUGCAGUCUUGUAGGUCGCCUACGGAGAGGACUGUGCGGUCCUACGGAAAAUACUGUGCGAGCCUACGCAGAGUAUUGA